AUGGGAGCGGCCAUCGUGAGGCUGCCCAGGCCACGCCCCUGGCCACGCCCCCGGCCACGCCCCCGCCGCAGGCUCCACCCACUCGUGACGUUGGCGCUGGGCUCUGCCUCUGCCUUCCUGGCAGGUCUCCUGGUGGCCUCCCUUGGCCACGCCCCCUGCCGGGCCGGGAUGUGGGCGGGGCUGUCCCCUCCUGGCCCCGCCCCCGAGGGGGAGGGGCUUGGGGGCGUGGCCAGCGCUGAGGCUCCGCCCCCUUGGCCCCGGCUGCGGGAGCUGCUGCAGAGACACCUGCAGGACGAGCGCAUUGAGGCUUGGGUGAGGGAGGUCAGCGCGGGGCCGCACGGGGCGGGGUCAGAGAGGGGGCGGAGCCUGGCGGGGUCAGUGCUGGAGGCCAUGGAGGGGGCGGGGCUAAACCGGGUCUGGAGCCGCCCACAGCCCCUCCCCCUCCCCGUACGGGGGUCAGUGUCACUCCAAUGGGUGGAUGCUGAAGGCCGAGAGCUCCAAAGGCUUCGAUUGGAUCCUGAGGCCUUUUGUGCAUGGAGCGCGUCCGGGAACGCUACGGGUGGGCUGGUCUAUGGGCACUAUGGCCGCCCCCAGGACCUGCAGCUGCUCAGGGCUCAGGGAGUCUCCAUUGGAGGGAACCUGCUGCUGCUGAGGACGGGACGGGGAGACCCCGCGGGCAAGGUGGCAGCAGCAGCAGGGGCAGGGGCUCUGGGGGUGCUGCUGUACCCAGACCCACAGGACACUGUGGGGCCUGGGGGGGACCCCGGCCUGGGGGGGGACACGGCCGUGACCAUGCAUGUGAGGUCCUGGGUGGCCCCCGUGCGCCUGCGCGUUGGGGGGGUCCCCCCCUCCGGGGUCUUUGGUACCGUCCGGAGGAGGGGGGGGGGUCGGCGGCUCCGGCUCAGUGUGGCUGCAGGCACUGAACCGGGCACCCUGACCAGCGUCUUUGGGGUCCUCGAGGGGCGGCUGGAGCCCGACUGUUACGUCAUCGUGGGGGCGCAACGUGAUUCGCUGGGCCCCGGGGCGGCGGCGUCAGGGGUGGGCACAGCUCUGCUGCUGGAGCUGGCGCGGUUCUUCGCUGCCAUUGGACGGGACGGGUUCCAGCUCCGUCGCUCUCUGCUCUUCGUCAGUUGGGAUGGGGGCGAAUUCGGGCACUUGGGGGCUACUGAAUGGCUCGAGGGGUACCCCAACCUCCUGCACACCAAAGCUGCUGCUUACAUCAGCCUGGACCAGGCGGUGCUGGGUGCUGACCGCCUGGUAGCCAAAACCAGCCCGACCCUUGUGACCCUCAUUGAGAGUGCGCUCAGCCAGGUGGAGAGCCCCAAUGAGGGGGGGAAGAGCCUCCUGGAGCACGUGACCCGGCCGGGGCGGGGCUGGGAGAGUGACGUGAUCCGACCCCUCCCCCCCCAGAGUGGAGCCUUCCCAUUCACUGCAGCCGCUGGAGUCCCUGCGAUGGAGAUCGGGUUUGUGGAGUCCCCCAUAGGCCGCCUGCGCUCCGCAUUGGGUACCAUGGAGGACUCGGUGUCGCGGCUUCCCCCAUAG